AUGGACUCAACUUUAUCUACCCCAGAGGGAAUAAAUACUUCAGAAGACAAAAAAAAGGUUAAUAAGAGAAGAAAUUAUAGGAGAUUCAGAAGCAGAAAAAAUAACCAGAAUGCUCAAGAAAAGGAUGGGGUAACUACUAAUUCAUCAAAUUUAAAUUUGCCUGUAAACGACACUAAUUCUAUAAAUAAUAUCGCUAACGAACCUAAUGAGGCAGAAAGUAAUAAUCUAAUUAAAAAAAUUAAGGGACGAAAUGUAAAAAAAAGAAAAAGAAUACCAAAGAAAAAAAAUGUUUUAAAUGAAGAUAAACAAGAUGUAAAGGAAGAAGAUCAAUUAAAUGAUAAAAAAAUAGAACCUCCUGCUAAGAGAAAUGAUGAAGAAACAAAAUCUAAUUUAGAAAAUACUACAAAAAACAUCAAAUUUAGGAGCAAUAAUAGGCCAAUAAAUUAUGGAAGAAAUAUAAAUGGAAUUAGAAUUCCAAGAAAAAAGAAAAGUGAUAGUAAAGAAAAAAAUAAUGUGAAUAUGAUUUCUGGAAACAACGGAAGAACUAUGAAUUCUUCAACAAAAGAAAAUCAAAGAGAGUUUAAUGAAACUGAAGUUUCAUUAGAAAUUGUUAAAAACGUUAUGAAUAUCAACAAUAUUUUUCUCCGUGUAACGAAAAAUGUUAUACCCGAUUUAAAUUGGAAACAAACAUGUCCAAUAUGUUGUGAGAAAUUAGAAUUUUUUGGAAUGUUACCAUGUAAUCACUGUAUAUGCAUGUUGUGUUUACUAAAACAAUCAAUUCUGGUAGGUGAAUCGUUAUGUUUCUUAUGUAGAAGUCCGUUCAAAUCAUUGAUAUUCUUUAAAGUCGAAGACAAACUUCCGUCUUUAUAUCCUCCAAUCAAUAUCAAUGAUUGCAGAAGAAGAUAUCUAUCAAAAAAUAAUCUUAACUUUCAACGACGUAAUGAUAUUAUUUUUGGUUGUUCAUUAACUGUACUAGCAUUUGACACAAUCCUACAACAUUAUUGUUGGGUUUGUCACAUCAACAAUUUUCCAUGUAUAUUUAAAACUUUUCAUGAACUAGAAAAACAUUAUGUCAUUCAACAUAAACGAUCUUUUUGUAGUAUUUGUGUUGAAUAUGAGCAAAAGCUUUCGAUUGAAAGGGUUCCGUUUACUUCCAAAGAAUUAAAUUUUCAUUUACGUGGCAAAUUGACACCUUAUGACAAUUUAGUUACUAAUGAUCACGCCAAAUGCACUUUCUGCCCUUUAAAAACUUUUUACAAUUCAGAAAAUCUAUUUCGACAUUACCGACUUCAACAUCAAACAUGCGAGUUAUGUUUUAGAGAAAAUAAUCAAUUUUUAGUUUUUGAUAUAUUUGAAGAUUUGUUAAAACAUUAUGAAGAUAAACAUUUUCCCUGCCCAAUAAAAAAUUGUAAAAUAAAUGGAAUAUGUUUUUCAAGUGAAAUUGAACUUCAGUUACACAUGUCUGAAGUUCAUUCUACAACGAAAAAAAGACAAUCUGUACCUUUAAACGUAACUUCUGAAAACGGUAAACACAGAAGGACAACAAAAAAUUACCAACAAAGUAGCAACGACAAUACAACUUUAAAUGGUUAUCAUGCAUUUGUGGAAUCAAAUGGUUUUCAAAUGGAUCAACGUGCAUUUCCUUCACUAUUUUCAAAUCCUGUUGGACCUUCUACUAGUUUUAACAGCAAUUGUCCAUCUUUUGCUUCUAUUGUAGCUAAAGAACCACCAAGAGUAGAGGAACCUUCUGUGCCAGUUGCGGAAGUUGAAAAAGUUGUAACUUCUAUUACAGUUAACGAUUCUAGUAAUUUAAAAAAAGGUGAUUCUUCAUUUACUAAUAGAAGCAAUAACGAUAGGGAGGAUGUUAGCAAUAUACUAUUAGACAAUGAAAGUAAUACAAAUGUUAUUUUACCAGAUGGUAGUGGUGAUUUGAUAGCGAGUAAAGAACAAUUAAAUGAAAAUGAUGUUACUAUUAGUAUGAAUAAAGAGAAUUAUAAUGGAGAUGGAGAAAGUAAUUUAUUAAAUAACAAUGAUUGUAAUUAUGUUGCCAAACCAAAUCUUUUUUGGAAAAUGAUAAAUUUUAUACUUUUUCCCUUUACUGCUUUUCAAAGAGCAAUUGCUAACCUACUAGAUAUUAUGAAAGAUUUCUUUGUUAAUGGGAUUUAA